UCAAUCAUUAAAGCUCCCCCGCACACUGAGCUUGCCGCGACAAGUUGUUUAGCUUGCUCUUCAACAUUCGCCGUAAGCCUAGCGCAACAGUAAAACAUCUUUGCUUCUCUAAGGCCGCCAUUGGCAAAUUCGAAAUCAACACAAAGUCUAAGUGGUUUUAGUGACGUUCGAGGGCGACAAGAUGAGCAUUGUGUCGGCACCGGACGACUUGACACUCUUCGAUAAAGAUGUCACUCAUGAAGAGAUCGCCUAGCACGUAGCUCAAUCAGAAUUCAAUUACAGAAGUCCUUCGCGAAGAAAACAGAAAUUUUCUGAAAAGGGAAAGGCCUUCCUGAAGGAAUUAAGAGUGAAGAAUAGGCAAGCCGCUUUCAAAGGCCUUAAAGCAAGUAUCGAUCGCGUGAGACAGCUUUGCCUUAACCCAUUAGUGGAAUGCGAGACUUUGGAGAUUGAACGAGAUAAGCUAGACUCGCUGAAAAACACGUUUAAUGAAUCGCAUUACGCUUAUGAAUCAUUGCUCGAUAGUCACGCCGAAAAGGAAGAAUCAUAUCAUUGGUAUGAUAUUCGAGAUAGAGAGUUCACAGAGCUCAGGAUGAAACUUUGUGAGCGUAUUCAAAUGUACGAACGAAAAUCAAUGUAUAGUAAGUCUAACCCGCCAUCGAUUAAAAGUGUCAAAAGUAGAGCUUCCAAAGGUUCCCUAUCCUCGUCCAUGCACUCCGUUUCCCAGGCAAGAGCCGACGUCGCAGCCGAGGCAGCUCAAUUCCAGGUCGAAAUCGAAUAUCUCGAACGAGAAAAAGAACUCAAGCGCCUAGAGUUAGAAAAAAGGCUCGCUCUUGCUAAAGCCAAAGAAAACGCUUACAAAAAUAUUCUAGAUGAAGACAACCGCGAUGAAAUCGAUAAGAUCAACAAGGAUAGCACGCAAAACGUCAAACGGGAAAUGAAUCCGAACAUCCCUCCCUUCGUCCUCAAAUUAAAACAGGAAAUUAAGACAGAGAAAGAGCACAACGCAGAAAUAAUCCCUCCGAUCCCGGCCGCAAACGUAACGAAACAGAAACUUGACCCGAACUCUGAUCAUCAUACAUAUCAACCACAAACACUUGAUCAUGCUUUAGGUCAAUUAAUUAAUCUUCAAGCGCAACAAGCGCACUUAAGUUCGCUACUCAUCGAUCAACAAAGGACCUCUCAACUUCCUGUCAAGGAGCCUCCGACGUUUGCCGGUAACUCGUUCGAAUAUCCAGCUUUCGUGACUGCCUUUGAUAACAUAAUAUCCGCUAAUGUUUCCGACGACAAGGAUCGAUUGUUUUUCUUGGAGAAAUACACGACAGGCAAAGCGAACGAGGCCAUCAGCGGUUUCCUAGCAACCAAUUCAGAUACCGCCUACAGAGAGGCUCGGAAGCUACUCAAGCAGCGUUUCGGUAACCCUGUGGUAGUCGCAGAAGAUUACAAAAGGAAGUUAUUAGAGUGGAAGCAGGUCAACGACGGUGACAGCCAAGGCCUACAAGAUUUUUCCGACUUCCUUGUUCGCUGCCUGGAAGCUAUGAAAACGAUGAAGUCGAUGUCCGAGCUCAACUCGGCAAAGACCCUCCAAUCCAUCGUCGCCAAACUGCCAUCGUACUUGGGAGUCAAGUGGUGCAGGUCAGCUCACGACAAGCUAAGCAAAGAGGACAGAAUAGUGGAAUUCGAAGACCUAGCAAAGUUUGUAAAACAAGAGGCAGAGCUCGCCAACGAUCCGAUUUUCUCGCCGGAAAUGUUAAAAAGAGAACGACGAAAGAACAUUCCGCUUACGAAAGACAACCGUGGCGCUAGGUCUAGACCGCAAAGCGGAGCUCGUCCAAGCCAGUCCCUAGCUACAAGCACCACAAAGGCGAAGCAGAAUGAACAGCGAUCACCUCUCCCUGCAACAGCAACGUACGGGCCGACGUGUCUCAUCUGUGACGGCAAACACGCGAUAGCAAAGUGCGAUACUCUCAACCAAACUAACGCUGACGCAAGGUUUGAGCUUGUAAGAGAGAAGCGCUUGUGUUUUAGAUGUUUCAAAUCUGGCCACGUGUCUGCGGACUGCCCAUCGAAAUCAACCUGUGGCGAAUGCGGCAAACGACAUCAUACCUUGUUACAUGGAUCCACACCAAGAACGAAGUCACGUGACGAGCAGAGGACAUCCGCCACUGGACCACCACGCAGUCAAUCGAAACCCUCGCAAUCCUCUCCUGAUGCCGAAUCCGCGCACUCCAACGCAACGAGUGUUACACACAACUCCGUCGGUACAUACACAACCACCUUAUGCAGAAUCGUUCCAGUAGUGUUGUACCACAAGGACGACCCGAAUACUGAACUAAAGACUUACGCCCUCUUGGACGACGCGAGUGACACGACGUUUGUAACGAACCAAAUGAAGAACAAGCUGGGUUUAAAAGGAGUGGGAACCAACCUAAAUCUGAGUACCAUGCACGGAAACGAGGUCAUCCAAGUCACCCGGCUGGAUGGCCUUAUCGUAGAACGCCCCGACAGACGCGCCACAGUUGAACUCCCCAAGGCGUAUGCUAGAGACGCGAUCCCUUCGAGAAGAGACCAGAUACCAACCCCGGAUGUAGCGGAUAAGUGGCAGCACCUGCGGCGCAUUAAAGAUAAAAUCCCGCCGAUCGACGACAGCCUCGAGGUCGGAAUACUUAUCGGGUCCAACUGCCCAAAGGCGAUCAAACCAAAGGAGAUUAUCACAGGGAAGAGCAACGACCCUUACGCAGUACGGACCAUACUCGGAUGGUGCAUCGUCGGACCAUCAAACCCAUCGGAAGCGACCACGGACGAAGAGGUCUUGGCGAACUGCAAUCGUAUAAUCGCGCGCGAGGCAUGCAACAGCGAUGAAAGGGUAGUUCAAUUCGUAAUCAGUAAGCCGACGAAGGAACUCGUUAACCCCAUUGCUGUAGCUAAGAUGUUCGAGUUAGAUUUCGUGGAGCACAUGGCCAGCCCCACUAAAGGCCUCUCUAAGGAAGACAGGCGAUUCUUGCAAAUCGCUUCAGAAGGUAUCCACAGAACCGAAGACGGUCAUUACGAGCUACCGUUACCGUUACGAGACGAAAAUGUUACCCUCCCGGAUAACAGAGCGGCAGCGGCACGCCGCCUUGAUCAGCUUAAGAGAAGAUUCGAGUCCCCAAACGGAAAGCAAUACCGCGAGGACUACAUAAAGAGCAUGAAUAGCAUGAUAGAUAACGGAUAUGCUGAAAUGGUCCCACCCGACGAGACGACCAAUGGAAGCGACAAGAACUCGCUAACGAAACCCAAGAGAUGGCUGAUCCCUCACCACGGCCUGUACCACCCCAAGAAAAGAAAAUUUCGCUGUGUCUUUGAUUGUGCGGCAGUUUACCAAGGCCAAUCCCUUAAUAAGAACUUGCUCCAAGGACCAGACCUGACAAACAACCUAGUAGGAGUGCUGAGCAGAUUUCGGCAGGAGCCAGUGGCCUUUUCUUGCGACAUCGAAGGAAUGUUCCACCAAGUCAGGGUCAACGAAGAGCACAGAGAUCUAUUGCGCUUCCUUUGGUGGCCGAACGGCGACAUAAAAAGGGAGCCCAAAGAAUACCGAAUGACGGUUCACCUGUUCGGAGCUACAUCCUCCCCGGGCUGCGCCAACUUCGCGUUAAAGGCGACAGCUGAUGACCACGAGACCGAGUUUGGUGCCGCUGCCGCGAGUUUCCUAAGGAACGACUUCUACGUAGACGACGGCCUGAAGUCCGUCCCUACAGUUGACGAAGCAGUGAAGCUGGUCGAGAACGUGAAGGAAAUAUGCCGCAAAGGUGGAUUUAACCUUCACAAGUUCCUCUCGAACAGCAAAGAGGUCAUAAGAAGCAUUCCCGAAGCCGACAGAGCAGACGGUAUUAAGGAGAUGGAUCUAGACCUCGACUCGCUUCCCCUGGAGCGCACCCUCGGAGUUCAUUGGUGCAUCGAGUCCGAUUGCUUCGAGUUUAGAAUCAUCCUCCAAGACAAACCGUGCACCAGGCGAGGCAUCUUAUCUACAAUUAGCUCUAUCUUCGAUCCCCUGGGAUUCGUAGCCCCACUCCUGUUGGAAGGCAAGUCUAUUCUUCAAGAUUUGUGCAGAGAAGACUUGGGCUGGGACGACACCAUACCAGAUGAGACUAAGGUCACGUGGGAAAGGUGGAGAACAGAGUUGAUGCAGCUGCAGCGCAUUUCCAUCCCAAGGUGCUACAAGCCCGAUGGCUUCGGUCGCGUCGUCAAAACAGAGCUGCACCACUUCUCAGAUGCGAGCACAAGAGGCUACGGUCAAUGCAGCUAUGUACGCAUGAUAGAUGAACACGACAGAAUCCACUGCGCUUUCGUGAUUGGAAAGUCCAGAGUCGCCCCCCUCAAGCCAGUGACCAUACCACGUCUAGAGCUUACUGCCGCCGUCUGCUCUACGAGGAUAAGCCAGCAAAUCCAUAGAGAACUAGACUAUCGGGUUAAUCGGGACUUCUACUGGACAGACAGCAAGGUUGUUCUCGGCUACAUCAACAACGAGAGCAGACGCUUCCACGUGUUCGUGUCAAAUCGGGUGCAAGAAAUCCAGGACAGUACCAACAGCAACGAUUGGAGAUACAUCGAGUCCAAGGAGAACCCUGCAGACGAGGCAUCGCGGGGGAUGAAGGCCCAAGAGCUCAAGGACUCGAGAUGGAUACUGGGACCAACAUUCUUGUGGAAAAAAGAGACCGAGUGGCCGAAUAGCGACGAGAACGACUACAGUCUGAGCAACCCACAAGAAGACCCCGAAGUGAAGAAGUCCGUCGUCAUGGCAACAGCAACAUCGGACCAAAGGAGCUACCCAGCGAUGGACGAGAGAGUAGAGCGUUUCUCCAGCUGGUAUAGGGCAAAGCGAGCCGUGGCCCUAUGCAUGAAGUGCAUAAGUAGACUUAAAGCUCGAAUCAAGAAAGAGAAAGUAGAAGAAGAAGUCAGGGUAGAAGAUGUGGAAAGAGCAGGACGCCUCAUCAUUCGCGCGGCGCAAGAACGGGCAUUCAAGGAUGAGUUAAAGAAUAUGACGAACGGAAGUGAAGAGAAGAAAUUUCGCGGAGAGCUUAGCAAGCUUGACGCGCUCAUCGAUGAAGACGGUAUCAUACGCGCCGGCGGACGACUGAAACACGCAACCUUGUCGGCCUACGUGAAGCAUCCAAUAAUCUUACCCAAGGGCGCGCACAUCUCUUUGCUUGUAAUAAGGCACUUCCACGAGCGCGUCUCACACCAAGGCAAAGGCAUCACCCUCAACGAAAUCCGAUCCAAUGGUUUUUGGGUCGUUGGUGGCACAUCUGCAGUCCGCAGUGCAAUAGGUCGUUGCGUCAAGUGCCGCAAGCUCCGCGGGCCAGUGGUCGAGCAAAAGAUGUGCGACCUACCCAAGGAUCGACUGGAGUGCUGCCCACCAUUCACAUAUUGCGCCGUCGAUUACUUCGGGCCGUUCGCGAUCAAGGAAGGACGCAAAGAGCUUAAGCGAUAUGGCGUCCUGUUCACCUGCUUGUCGUCAAGAGCGAUCCACCUCGAGACUGCGACAUCGCUCGAGACGGACACGUUUCUCAAUGCACUAAGGCGUUUCCUUAGUCGUAGAGGUCCCGUGCGACAGAUCCGGAGCGACCAAGGCACAAAUUUCGUGGGAGCGCAAAGAGAACUAAAAGAGGCGUUCAACGAGAUGAACGUCGACAACAUCAAGGCGGAAUUACAAAAGAUACAGUGCGACUGGGUCACCUUCAAGAUGAAUGUGCCUGCCGCUAGCCAUAUGGGCGGAGUGUGGGAGAGACAAAUCAGGACGGUGCGCUCCGUCCUCUCAUCUCUUCUACUCGACAACGGAUCCCAGCUUGACGACGACUCCCUACGCACGUUCAUGUGUGAGGCGGAGUCGAUAGUCAAUAGUCGCCCCCUCACCAUCAACCAACUGACGGACCACGACUCGCCAGAACCCCUGACACCUAGCCACUUACUAACUAUGAAAUCCAAGGUGCUUCUACCGCCCCCGGGAAAUUUCGAAGCGGCUGAUAUCUACGCACGAAAGCGCUGGCGUCGCGUUCAAUAUUUGGCCAACCAAUUCUGGACUCGCUGGCGUAAGGAAUUCUUGCUGAGUCUGCAGGGAAGGAACAAGUGGACGCGCACGCGCAGGAACCUGACAAUUGAGGACAUCGUGCUGAUAAAGGACGAGAAUCUUCCCCGCAGUACGUGGCAGCUGGCACGUGUGUCAGACGUGUACCCUAGCAGCGAUGGCAAGGUGCGAAAGGUCCAGGUAGCUCUUGCAGAUGGCUGCCUGGACAAACAAGGAAAGAGGUCAGCAGCAGUGCGUUACCUCGAUCGUCCCGUGCAGAAACUUGUUCUGUUAAUGGAGGCGUAAGUCUGUUUACCGGGGAAUUCCCGGCCGAGGGAGCCUACAGACAAGGAACUGUGAGUUCGAUAGUCAUAAUCAUAUAUAACGAACAUUGGACAUUAUUAGUUUCAGUUAAGCAACGAUAGUGAAAUAUUUUAAUAUUUCAGGGGAGCCAUGUUAGAAACAUAGAAUCGAGGCUCCUCUGUCUUUGAUUAUUUGCAUAUUAAUUCUGAUUUGCCACACCAUAUUUACUCAAUUACGUCA